AUGGUUUCUUUUGGGUCUAAGGCAUUGCCAUUGAGACGACUUGGAGGCAUAAUGGGUGAUGAGGAUAAUUCACACAAACGGAGUAGAAAGAAAAUGGGUAUGAGCCGAAAGCCUGACAAACAAAGUAAUUACUUUGAUGCCAAUGUCAACAAAAAUGGAUCCGGUCGGGGCUCACAACGUCAAAGCGAUUCGGAAACACGAAGAUCAGUGGUUAGGAAACAGGUUGAUCCCGAAACCACAAAAUACUUUUCGGAAAUUGCCAACCUUAUUGAGAGUAAUGGGGUUGAUAUGGAGGAGCGGUCGGUUGUAUGUGGUAAUGCCCUGGAGGAAGCUAGGGGGAAAGAAUUUGAACUUGCUACUGAUUAUUACUUAAGCCACACUAUGCAGACUCUUCUUGAGGGCUGUGACGUUAACUCCCUUUGUUCUUUCCUUCAAAGCUGCGCAAAGGACUUCCCUUCUAUUGCAAUGGACCGUUCUGGUUCUCAUGUAGCUGAGACUGCAAUCAAGUCUUUAUCUCAGCAUCUUCAGGACAAUGAUGUCUAUUCUGUUAUUGAGGACACUCUAAAUGCAAUAUGCAAGGUGAUUGUAAAGAAUCCUGGUGAUCUGAUGUGCGAUUGCUAUGGAUCUCAUGUUCUACGAAGUCUUCUUUCUCUUUUUAAAGGAGUACCAUUGGAUUCUUCCGAGUUUAACAGGAGAAAGUCUUCUUCAGUCCUUGCAGAGCGGUUGAAUUUCAAGGCAUUUCGAGCAGACACAGAUAUUUCACCACAGGCUGUACAGGGAUUUCCAGGUUUACUUGACUUUCUUAUUUCAGGGAUGUCAAAGUGUAUCCAGAACAACAUUAAGACCAUGCAAGUUGACCAGUACAGCAGUUUGGUUCUGCAGAGUGCUUUGAAAUUGUUAGCAGGAGAUGAAGAAAAGCUGUUGCAAAUAAUUCCCAUUCUUAUUGGAUGUACCAGGGAAGAAAUUUUAGAAGGAGAUUCCAUUAAAACGACUAAAGCGAGAAAUAUUUUAUAUCUUAUGAAAGAAACAGCAUUUAGCCAUUUAAUGGAGGUUGCUUUGGAAGUGGCUCCUGAAGUCUUGUACAAUGAAAUGUUCACAAAAGUUUUUAGAAACUCAUUAUUUGAGCUUUCAUCUCAUCAUUGUGGGAACUUUGUCAUUCAAGCACUAAUUUCUCAUGCAGGGAGUCAAGAUCAGAUGGAGGUGAUCUGGGAGGAGCUUGGUUCGAAAUUUAAGGAUCUGCUUAAAAUGGGAAAAUCAGGAGUUAUUGCUUCGCUGAUUGCUGCAAGUCAAAGGCUUCAUAUUUAUGAACAUAAGUGUUGUGAGGCCCUUGCUAUGGCUGUACAUUCAAGCAAUGAGUCUUCAACAUGCAUUGUUCCUCGGAUACUGUUUCUUGACAGCUAUUUCUACUGUGAAGAUAAGUCUAAUUGGAAUUGGCCAAGUGGUGCUAAAAUGCACGUCAUGGGUUCUUUGAUUCUGCAAGGAGUUUUUCGAUUUCAAAAUGAAUUUAUACAGCCUUUUAUUACAAGUAUUACAUCCCUCAAUGCUGAUAAUAUCCUCGAAGCUGCUAAAGAUUCUGGUGGUGCUCGUGUUAUUGAAGCUUUUCUAAGUUCAGAUGCUUCUGCAAAACUGAAGCGCCGACUAAUCAUGAAGCUUCGUGGAAAUUUUGGAGAGCUUUCAUUGCAAUCAUCAGGUUCCUUUACUGUUGAAAAGUGUUUUACUGUGGGUAACAUCUCACUGAGAGAGGCCAUAGUAUCUGAGUUGUUAACCGUGCAAAGUGAGCUUUGGAAUAUGAAGCAAGGUCCUCAUCUCAUGAGGAAAUUAGAUGUUGAUGGGUUUGCUGCUAGACCUGAUCAAUGGAGGUCCAGGCAAGAAUCAAAACAAUCAACUUUCAAUGAAUUCUAUUCUACAUUUGGCUCUAGUGAGACCAAGCCGUCAAAGAACAGCAGCUUUCUUUCUGAUGAUUCUAAGAAGACCUCACAACCGAAUAAAAUAAAACAAAUGAGGGAAGAAAUUGCACAUCUCCAGACAUCUCCUGCACCAUUUUUGAGUACAACAGGCUUCAAACGCAAACCAAAUAAACCAGAAAACAGCAGCAAGAAGUUUGCAAGAAAUUCGGCCGAUGAUGAUGUUCCUAAAGUGAAGAAUAAGUCGAAGAAUAUAGUCACUGAUACAUGA